AUGCAAAAAAAUCAAUUGAAUGCAGUUAAAAUAGUGAAAAUAGUAGUGCCAGAAAUAAUACAGUACGGUGUGCAGGACGCUGUGAUUCUAGACUGUGACUAUACUUACGGUAACAACACAUCGGGACUGGUAGUGAAGUGGUUUUUCAGAAACAAAGCUAGACCUGUCUACCAAUGGAUCAUGUCGCAAAAGCCACAGGACAUGGGGAUAUUGAGAGGUCGUGUUGACUUAGCCUACAGAGCAUCAAGCGAUCCAUUAAAAAUGCACAGAGCACUCCGCAUAGUGAAGCCCAACACCGACAUCUCUGGUGAUUACACGUGUGUCGUUUCAACAUUCAUGGAAGAGGAUUCAAGAACUAGGCGAAUGAUUGUUUUUGUGCCGGAGACGAAUUUCCGCCUGAUCCAGAACAAGACUGACGAUGAUACUGUGAACGUCAUAUGUGCUGCGGACAGAGCGUUUCCUGCACCAAACCUCACGCUAGCCACACCUGAGAGGUCGUAUAAAAUCGAAGAUGUGUGCUCUAUUCAGCAGUUGGCUUACAAGGCAAUUGCACCUUAUCGCUAA